AUGUUUUUUGUCGCCUUCGGAGCCAUGUUUGGUGCCUUCAUACUUACGGUACUUUUUGUCGGGGUUCACGCUGAGGACUGCGAAGAGGGAUGGACGCCUUAUAAAGUGAUGAACAGCUGCUACAAGAUGGUUAACGGACAGGCAUUCUGGCACGCCGAAGCCGAGUGCGCGGAGCAAGGAGCGCAUCUGACGUCAAUUUUGAAUGACGAGGAGAACCAGUUCAUUGAAGACAUGAUUUCAACGAAAAUCCCCGGAAACGAUGCCUGGGUUGGCGCGAUGGUGAUGACGCGCAACGACACGCAACACUAUUGGAUGGACGGGUCGCCGGUAAGCCAAAAAGUUGGCAAAUGGGCCGUUGAAGUCCUCGACAAAACGAUGACACGGUUUUGCAUUCUUAAAAACGGAGACGGCCGAUUCGAGCAAAAGUCGUGCACCGACUUGAACAAAGGGAUCUGCAAGCGGCCAAUGGGCCAAGCUGCGGUGACCCCUCCGUCGAAAAGUGGUGAAGGCCAGGAGACAUGCAUUGAAAUUGCGGCAGCUGCGGGCAGCCAUUCGACUUACCUUGGAGCCAAGCGCGACAGUAGUGGCCAGUUUCAAUGGAUCGACGGCUCCACUUGGGACUACGCCUUUUGGACAUCCUACGGGCGACCCGACGAGUUCAAGACGUUUAAUUGCCUUGUGACUUCCGACACGGUUGAGCCCAACAGCCACGACAGCCAUCGUUGGGCUGCCCGGGAUUGUGACGAAGUGCGAGCAACCUUAUGCAAAAAGCCUGGAAACCCGAAGCCGACUGCU